GAAGAAGAAGACCCGUGACCUGUUUUAUCGCGAGAAUACUUCGGGCGGUAUUCACUUAUAAAGGCCGAAGUUUUCAUUCAUCAGUUAUAGGUGUUAUUUUCUACGUCGAGUAAGACGUAUCGUUUCAUUGUCGACAUCCAGGAACCCAUUUGGCAAUCGUGUUAGAAGAUGGCCACAACCGAAGCACGGCUCAAUCACACGAUCUACAUCAACAACCUGAAUGAGAAAAUAAAGAAAGAUGAGUUGAAAAAAUCGCUCUACGCCAUCUUCUCACAGUUCGGACAGAUUCUGGAUAUCUUGGUCGCUCGAAACCUGAAAAUGAAGGGUCAGGCCUUUGUUAUCUUUAAAGAGGUUAACAGCGCAUCCAAUGCGCUGCGGUCCAUGCAGGGCUUCCCUUUCUACGACAAACCAAUGCGCAUACAAUACGCCAAACAGGACUCUGAUAUAAUCGCUAAAAUGAAAGGAACCUAUGUGGAGCGUGACCGUAAAAAAGAGAAGAAGAAGCCCAAACCUGAGACAGGAGGAUCUAAGAAAGGAGCAGCUGCAGGCUUGGUCGCUGCUGCCAUGCCUGGAAUGCCUAACAUGAGCCAAGCUCCACGCAUGAUGCACAUGCCAGGCCAGCCACCAUAUAUGCCUCCACCUGGGAUGAUACCUCCUCCGGGCAUGGCACCUGGUCAGAUGCCUCCAGGUGCUAUGGCUCCUGGUCAGAUGAUGCCUGGACAAAUGCCUCAGCAGGUUGCAGAAAAUCCUCCAAAUCACAUCCUUUUCCUCACCAACCUGCCAGAGGAGACGAACGAACUCAUGCUAUCCAUGCUCUUCAACCAGUUCCCUGGGUUCAAGGAGGUUCGUCUUGUUCCUGGUCGCCACGACAUCGCUUUUGUGGAGUUUGAUAAUGAAGUACAGGCUGGGGCUGCACGAGAUGCACUACAAGGCUUUAAGAUCACACAAACAAACGCCAUGAAGAUCUCGUUCGCGAAAAAGUAACCCCUUCCAGGCCAGGUCGUGUUCUUGUGUAUUUUCAAGUCUGCCUUUUUUUUUUUUUUUUUUUAUAUGAACUUUUUAUAGCGAUACAUUCUGCUAAACACAGCACAGGUAGUUAACUCAUUCUUGCUUUCAGGGUUACAUGUAAGUAUAAUGGCAUCAACACUGACAGGGUGCUGUUGGUGUUUUUUAAUUUUUUUUUUUUUUUUUU